UCCCCGCCUGGGGCUCUGCUCGGCCUGUCCUACUGUUGGCAGGGCUCUGUGGAGAUGGUCACACCUCUCCCGUCUGUGCCUUAACGUAAAAGAUUGAGUUUGGCCUUAAAUGCAGUAUUUUCUAAAGAACAGAGGGGAGGCACUGAUUUACAGGCUGUAAGUUCUGCUGGGGCGCUUCGCACAGGUUCUCAGAGAGGGAGGGAGAUGCACGAAGAUUUCCCUGCCUUGCAGAGCCCCAGGUCUCCUCCCAGCCAGCCCAUCAGUCAUUUCUCUUUUCACUUUCUUUCCUAACCAUCAUUUGUUUCCCUCUGCGUGAGUUUGCAGACGAGAGGCAUCGGUCUCCCCCUCUCUCUCCACCUCCUUCCCAGCCAUGUGACUGAGCACUCCCAGCAUCAAGUGAAACUUUUGAGCCCGCAGGAAAGCUCGGUUUCCUCGGCAGCCGCUCCCCGGGGAGAAGCAGCGCCUCCGACACCCGCAGCGUGCUCACCAUGGGGAGGAGCGCACGGCAGCUCGUCUCGCUGACCCUCGCCUGUGCAUUUUCCUCCUGCUUUGCUGAAGUGGCCCUGGGGGUCGAACUGCCUUCAGAAACCACAUCCUUCCACCAAAUGGCUACUUCUGCUCAGUCACUUUCCCUUUAUCAUUCUCCACCCCAUCAAAGCACCACAGUUCAUUUUAACAGCACAGGCCCUCUUCAAGCAACACCCACGAGCCACAGAACAACUGAGAAGACAACAGAGCAGCUCCAGGCAGCAUCAGCUCCAGGCCAGCACGCGGCAGCCCAGGCAGGAGCAGGCAGUGAAUCCACAACACCCACAGACAGCCCCAGCACAGCCACGGCCCCAGCAGUGCCCUCAGGUUCAGCUGCAGGGAGGAGCACAACCACCCCUGCUGUGUCCUCCACCAGGAGACCAGGUGUGACCACAGGAACUGCAGCAGCGGCCACCAACAGCUCCCUGCAGCUCCAGACAGCCAGUUCCCCGGGGGCAGCUGCCAGCAGCACCCACGGGGCCGGGCCCAGCAGCACCCACGGGGCCGGGCCCAGCACCACACACAGCGCCGGGCCCAGCACCACACACAGCGCCGGGCCCAGCAAUGCCUCUGCAGCCAGCACCACACACGGGGCCGGGCCCAGCAGCACCCACAGCGCCGGGCCCAGCACCACACACAGCACCGGGCCCAGCAAUGCCUCUGCAACCAGCACCACACACAGGGCCAGGCCCAGCACCUGCUCACGGAGACAAACCACAGCCACUGGCGUGCCAACAGCCACGGCCAACAGCACAGCCACCCACACAGGGACACACACAGCCCCCACGUCCCCUGCCAGCACUGUGAGACCCCCUCCCACCCCUCAGCCCUCCGACAUCCCCACGGGCACCUACACCCUUUCUGACGGGAACAGCACCUGCGUCAAAGCCGUCAUGGGUCUGCAGCUGAUGGCUCGAAAUACACAGCAGGAGCAGAUGGAAUAUGUGACUGUCAACCCCAAUGCGACAAAGAUAUCUGGAAGCUGUGGGAUGGUGCAGUCUGAGCUGAGCUUAACUUUUAGUGGAGGAUUUGUAAACAUCACCUUUGUAAAGCAAGCUACAAGUUACUCUGUCACUAAAAUUGAGAGCAGAAUACAGUUAUCUUCUGAAGGAAUGUUUUACUAUGCAGCCUUAAAUGAGAAGCUGUUCACAACAAAGCUGGGGAAUUCCUUUAAGUGUGUCAGCAGGCAAACCUUCACCUUGGAGAGGAACUUCCAGAUCCUCUUUGUUCAUGUGCAGCUGCAGGCAUUUGACAUUGUGGGUAACCAGUUUGGAAAAGAAGAAGAAUGUUUUGCUGAUAGAAACAGCAAAAUAGCUCCCAUUGCAGUGUGCCUGUGUAUCCUGGGAUUGUUUGUCAUUGUGUUUGCCACCUUCCUGAUCUCCAGGAGGAAGCCACAUAGAGGAUAUGAACGCAUCUGAGCUGCCCUUGUGCUUCCCCAAAUGUGUGCACCGAGCAGAGAAGCCACAGGAGUUUUUGCUUCUGCCUGGCAAUUUCUCUGCCCUGAAGCCAUAUUUUUAAGUGAGAUGACAUCAUGUGUUUACAGCUACUGAAUGUUUCUGGAAAGAGUUUCUUUAAGGCGAAGGAGAGAACUCACACCUACUUUAGGCUACUCUUAGCAUCUAAUUUAGAUGUCCAAAAUGAGGAACCUAAAUUCUCUCUGUUAUCAACAAAGGAGGUCAUUCAGAUCACCUAAACCAGAUUCCUAAAAAUAGUUUAAAGCAAGCAGUAUCACUAUCCCCCAGAAAAUCCAUCAGGUCUGUUAAUGAUGGUGUUUAGAUUUAUCAAAGUUGGACCUUCAGGUGAAUAAACCAGAGGCCCACAGCUACAGACAACCCUGCUAUGUGAGAGCUCACUGAAAGCAUUUUUUGGAACACAGUGUGUGCGAAAAUCUCAGGGGAAGUGUCAGUGUGACCAGUGUGACUCCACUCACAAGUAAGUUCUCACCAGUCCUACAACACACUUACAUUUUCUAAGUGGCUGGGGUUCUCACACUAAGUCCUUUGCAAAGAAAGAGUGGUAAUUGUGGAUCUUACCUGGGAGCUUAAUAUGUUCCUGGUCUUGUGAAAGCUCAGGAAACCCCUACGUGUUGUUCAGACAUGGACCUGUCACAGUGACCACACUGAGCUCACAAAAUGUCCUCUACUGGGGCAACAGGGUGGUCUCUUAAUCCAGGAAGAUGCCACACUCACUGGAAAUGCCUGGGAUUCAGUGACCACCACUGGGGCACCUGCACGAGGUCCAUGAGAAAUGGAAAUCCACUGAUGCUGUAUGGUCAAGGCUUCUGUGGGAAAUAAAAGCUGGCCCAGGCCUUGGACAAACUCUGCCCAAAAGUGAGUAUUCCCCAGUGUGCUCACAGCUGAGCAGCUGGAUUUUCAUAUGGAAAUAAUUUGGAGUUGCUUUAAAGCACACUGAUACACUCUGUAGUCUAUUUCCUGCUAAACCAAUGAUGAAGGCAUGAGAAUAGUAAUUGCUUUUGAGAUUUAAGACCAGCUCAUGUUCUUUGCUGUAACAAGGAAAAGCUCCUUGUCACAAAAGAUUUACAUGUGCAGAAAUGUGCACAUUCACACGUGCACAUUCCACACAAUCUACUCACUAAAGCAAAUGACAUCAAGAUGAUAAGAAAUUAUGUACAAACAUAUUUGCAAAAGAGAAAAUAAUAUUCAAUAAGAGCACACUUCCUCCAAGGAGUUAGGCUAAUGGCUUAAAUUUUAUUAAUAAGAGUUUGGCCUGGAAAAGGACUGUGGAAUAGCACUCAUUAAACAAAAGGAAGACUGAAGUCAUAUGCAAAAAUGCCUUGACAGUUUAAUCUGUAUCUAAACAAAAUGGAAAUGCUGGGAGCUAAUUUAAUUUCCAUGAAUAAUGGCCCAAAUCCUGCCAGUUAUUAAUGGUGAUGGAACCUCGUUAGAUUUUCACUGAAUAAAAUUGACGGUUAUGUCUUGUCAGAUAUUCCCUUGGGCAUUUUUAAAAUAGUUUUUGAUAUUUUACUAGUAUUUCACCAUUGCCAGUUUACUUAUUUAAAUUAAGAAAAAAAAGAAAUUCUUCCAUUCUAUGAAUUAAUUAGAUGUGUUGGUCUGUGUGAAGCAGGAAACAUGGCCAUACUGCUCUAUAAUCAGUAUAAUAUGUAGCUGUGGAAGUAAUUAACAUUCUCUAGAAAUGUUCCCUUUGAGUCUGAAUGAGCCAAUAAAAAGAAGGAUAAAGACAGUUUUGAAGCACUUUUACACUUGGAGAAACAUCAGAACCAGCUGUGAGCACAGGAACAGCUGAAUACAUUUAUAAGGUAAAAUAGCACAAGAAAUAAGAUACCAAACUCUCAAGCCUCGAAUACAGACACUGUGAUUUGAACUGUAUUCAGUUGAAUACUCAAAUUGGAAUGUAAGUAUUUCAAUUAUUCUUUUGCAAAGGGCUCUAGCACUGUUCAUAAUGCUUAGUGAGCUUUAUCGAGCUCAUUUUCCCUUCCUCCUUCCCUCCUUAGCAGACAAGCAGCCACUGAACACAGACUUUUGGCCUAAUAAGGUCCUUCUCAGGGUUACUUAAUACUAUGAAUCUCUUGUUUAGAAAGCAGACAAUUAAAGCAUUCACUUUUUUUUUUUUUUUUUUUUUUUUUUAAUGUGGUAUCUGGGAGGAAAGGUAAAUGGAUGAAGAGCUUUCAUUUGAAAAUGACCCUGUGCCUGCAGUAGGGAUGUCACUGUCCCAGUCUAUGUGUAGACAUUUUAACAACAAAAGCUGCCUAAAAAAGCUCAGCAUGCAGUCUGGCCCUAAGCUGUUCUGCCCAGGGAUCAAUAGACAUCUUUCUCUUGUCAAAGCUGAGUCCCAUUUCACAUGUUCUUUGGAUUGUUGGAUUAUGUGAUCUGUGUUACUUCUACUGACACGGAUAUAGCAUUUGCUUGUUCUGUUCUGAAAAAUUGCUUUAUGUUAAUAUUCAGUCUUUCUAAAAAGUCUGAUAUCAGCAGGAGGACAGAAGAGAAUUACUAAUGGCUGCUAAUUCUGUGGUUAAUAUUGUGACACCUGGCAUUUUUACUAGUGAUACAUGAAUAAUGUUUUACCCCAUAGUUUUGUUUUUUUUCCUAUAGUGAAUCAACUUGUUAGUAUUGAACAAUAUUUGGAUUCAGAUUUACCUGAUUUGUUCUUAUGCUUUUUCUUGCUAUUUUUGUUUGCUAUUUUUAUGAAGCUGCAUUCUGCCAUUUGUACAUGAAUGCUACUCUGAGCUUGCUCUAACUGGCACAAGUGAAGUGCACGUGGUGCAAACCAAUGAAACAAUUGGAUGGUCCCAGGAAAUGCUGCCAACAUGCAGCAAAAUUAAUCCAAUGGAGUUAGUGCUUUACAGCAGUAGAAUAUCCAUUGGAGAAAUCCUUUCUGCAUCUGGAGAUCCCAGCCUUGAAGUGCAACCUUUCUCCCAGCUGUGGCUUCCUGUGCUUUGCUGCAGUUCCCAUGCCAGACUAUCCCCUGCACACCCAAGACAGAAAAUGUGGGCAUCCCAGAAGAAUGAUGAUGUCACACUUAGAUAAGUCACUGAGGAGUUUAAAAAGCAAGGUUUAAUUUUUCAGUCCUUUUUGCUCUCUAAUAGACAAGCACAAAUUAAGAAACAGCUGUUAAUUCAGUUGAAAGAGGAAGGGAGAUUAGAUUGGUAUCUUGAGUAUCUGAACACAGCUUGGCUGAUCACUUCUAGCUUGCUAUAAUGUAUGGCUGCUAAAAAUAACUUGGUAUGAGAAGUAAGAUAUGCUCUUUAUUUUUCUAUUAUUAGUGUUUCCAUAAUAAAGGCUGUGUUUAAUCAUUA